AGAAGAAAGAACAGACAAAAAACGCCGUCGUCUUAAGCUCCCUCCAAUUUCGCGUUGCUACUACAAAACGCUACAAACUCAAAAAAUUCUGCACCAUAACUAUUCUCCAAGGUCUCUCAUUCACUCCUUCAUUCUCUCACUGUGAAAUUUCAAAACCCUAACUUCCCCAACCUUCCAAUUUCAAUGGCUCCCCGCGCCGACCAAGACAGUCUCUCAAGCACCGAUGACGACGAAAGCGACGACGAAGGCCUCAAGGAGGACUUGGCGGCGCUCUCUAGGGCCUUCGAUAUGAGCGGCGCUGACUCCACCGCGCCUCCCGACCCCGUCCUUCAAGUGGAUUUCGACGACGACGUGCGCGGCGGUGUCUCCACAGCUCCUCCUGCCGCCGCGUCCACUGACCUCGUGGUUCGAACGAACUCCGACGACGAGCUGCGCAACGACCCACUGUUGGCCACCGGCGAUGCCGUCGUAUCCAUCGACGCUGUCGACUCCGGCGGCUACGAGUCCAACGAAGAUAUUGAGUAUCUCCAGAGAUUGCAGAAUCUCUACAAGCCUCUGGCGACUCUUCCUCCUCCAUCGCCUUCGCCGCCACCGGUGGACGUAUUCGAUGAUGAUGACGACGAUGUCGAGACCGUUCGCGCCAUUUUCAAACGGUUUGCCGACUACGAUAUGAGAGGCUUAGGUACAAUGACUGAGGGAGAUCAGGCCACAAGUCCAGGCCCUGAGAGAGACAUUGCUAAUGGUUCAACAUCUUCCGUAAUUGUUGAAGGUGGUGAAACAUGCCCUGUUUAUCAUGAUCGUACUAAUUCCACAGAUUUCAUGACUGGAAAUACUGAAAUGCAGCACUCUGGUCUUGCUGAGAGUUCUAAUCCAGAUGCCAGCACUGUAUCCAGGUUGCCACGGAGAAGAUCAAGUUUCCCACCGUUAGCGCAGGCUCUUUUUGAUGCCCUUAAGAAGAAUAGGUCUCUUCAGAAGUUUAUUAGAAGCAAGAUGAUUGAGAUUGAAGCAAAAAUUGAGGAAAACAAGCAACUUAGGAACAAUGUUAAAAUCCUUAAGGACUUCCAAGCUUCAUGCAUAAGAAGAACAGGGAGUGCUUUAUCGCUAAAAAAGGAUCCUCGUGUCCUGUUAAUAUCAGCACAAAAGAGUGAUAGUAAAAGAAAAUCUCCAAUGUGUUUUGGCCCACCAGACAAUCGUCAUGUUGCUAAUUAUAAGAUGGUUUUAGAAAGAUUUCCGCGUUCAUUGGAUCGAAAAAAAUGGUCAAAUGAGGAAAAGGAAAAUCUUAUGAAGGGAAUUAAGCAACAAUUCCAAGAAUCGUUGGUAAUAGCAAUGAGUUCUGAAGUUCCACAUGGAGAUGGAAAUUACAUGGAUAGCAUAAUGGAAUAUACUAACCAAGUUGAUAUUACACCCGAAAUUAUGAAAAAAUAUUUACCCGAUGUUAAUUGGGAUAAGUUAGCUUCUACUCAUGUUCCUGGCCGUACUGGUGCUGAAUGUGAAUCAAGGUGGUUGAAUUGUGAAGAUCCCUUGAUCAACCAUGGACCAUGGACUAGUGAAGAGGAUAGGUUGCUUUUGCUUCUUGUCCAACAAAUGGGAAUUAGGAACUGGUUCGAUAUUUCCAAAUCCUUGGGCACGAACAGGACUCCAUUUCAAUGCUUGGCUCGAUUUCAAAGGAGCUUGAAUCCUUCGAUGCUAAAUAGGGAAUGGACUAAAGAAGAAGAUGCUCAACUCUGUUCUGCUGUAGCUAUUUAUGGAGAGAGUAAUUGGCAAGCUGUGGCUUCUGUUUUAGAAAGGCGGACAGGAACCCAAUGCUCAAAUAGAUGGAAGAAAUCACUUUUUCCCGAGAGAAAAGGGAGUUAUACUCAAGAGGAGGACAAGCGCUUGACAGUGGCAGUCAUGCUUUUUGGUCGGAAAUGGAAUCAAAUAGCUAGGUUUGUUCCUGGUCGGACCCAAUGUCAAUGUAGGGACAGAUACGUCAAUAGUUUGAACCCUUCUUUGAAAUGGGGUGGAUGGACUGACGAAGAGGAUUCAAGAUUGCAAGCUGCAAUUGCUAAGCAUGGAUUCUGCUGGUCUAAGGUUGCUGAAGAUAUGCCCCCUCGUACUGAUUCUCAAUGCCGGAAGAGAUUUAAGGUGUUAUUUCCUGAUCAAGCUUAUUUGCUUCAAGAAGCAAGAAAGAAGCAAAAGUCUUUGAUUGCUGGUAACUUUGUUGAUCGAGAAUCUGAACGCCCAAACCUUACACUGAAUGAUUUCCUUCCCUUACCUACAUUAUCUCCUCUUCCUUGUGAUGCUGAUGAUGAGAAUCUCCCUAGGAAGAGAAAGAGGAAGUCAAGCAAUGAACACAAGAAAUUCAGGUCCAGAAGACCCGCAAAAAAGACACGAACAAAUCACAAUGAUGGAAAGGAUAUUGAUGAGUCCAAGAUUUUUAAUGGAGAUGUCAAUAUUCCCAAAAGAACAAGGUCCAAGAAAAACUCAAGAAAUACUUCAGUUCAUGCUAAGGAAGCUGAGAAUACAAAACAAAAUGCUGAGAUCCAGGCUUGUAGUGGGAAACUAAGUAGAAUCAAGGGCGCCGAAACAUCAAAGAACAAACUAAAGAAUAAAAUGUUGAAACCUGAAAGCUUGUCUACUGUUGUUGAGUGUUCUGGAAGUCAAAAUGAGGACAACACAACUCUUUCUUCCUUUCUACACAUGAAGUUAAAUAAGAGAGGGUUGAAAUGCAACAAAAAUAAGGGCGGGGCUGCCUCUGCAUUUGCGACAAAUGUUGUAUCUAAGCAGGUUGAUAAUCAAAGCUCCUCUGCUGAGCAAGAUGGCUUGUCGCAGUUGUGUGGUGCUGGUGGGGUUGAACAUUUGGUUACGGUGCAAAACAACUCCGCUUCUGACAGGCUACUGAGAAAACCAGAGAAUGUAAAUAGGUUGACUGGUGAUGAGGAUGACAACGAAGAUAUCACCCUUGAUUGCCUUGUGGGAAACAAAUCAAAAGAAUGUAGUCAAGUGACUAAAGGACCUUCUGUUUUAUCUUCUUCCAAAUCAAAACAUGCGUCUGUUUCGCUUCCUGAAGUGCAUUGCACAGAAAAGGCAGCCAUCACAGCUGAUUGCACCGGGCAGUCGACACCAAAUCUUGUUGAAGACCGAUCCGUUUCACCUAGUAGUUUGGCUGAACCUACGACAGCCUUCAAUGCAGAGGAAGAAGAUGAACUGCUUGCUACCUUUAUGCGAAAUAAGUCUAAGGGAGCACGAAGAAAGGUGAAACGUAAAGAAGGUAAUUGCUAAUGCUCCAACUUACUGGGCUGGUGUUUUCAGAUAUUUAAUUAUGUGUAGAAGACGGUUGAUCAAAACCUGUGGACAUUUUUAAGAGUGAAAUGACAGAGGUAUAUAUAUACACAUAUAGCCCUAAUUGAAACCCCUCAUGGCCAUGAUUGCGAAAUCAGGAUAAUAAGGGUGACGUAAGUUCUGUGAUUCUGCUACAUGAAGCAUGCAUUGUAAUCUUGAUUUGCUGGGCCUGUUUACGCCUGUAUAGGCUGAUUUUUCGGCUUGGCGCACUUUGUGAAUUGCCAUAAUUCUUGUGUUAUUUUGUUCCUAAUGAAAGGAUAAGUAUACAUCUCUAGUCAAAUUUUUGGACUGUUUUUCCAAGAGGUGAUGGUAUAAAGAAUUUUACAUGUUAGUGGAUUAUUAACUUAGACUUUUACAUUGUCGACAUUA